UCUUUAACAGCUGACUGUGGAUGGUUAACUUUCAGGUGGUUCGAUAUGGCUGCAUCAGAGAUCAUCUUCGUGAAACAUUGUUAGACAUGGUGAUGAGGGAGAGGAAAGGUGAGGUGGUGGACAGAAUUGCCAUUAAAAAUGCCUGUCAAAUGCUCAUGGUUCUGGGGAUCAACAGUAGAACGGUUUAUGAAGAGGACUUUGAGAGACCAUUCCUUCAACAGUCUGCAGAAUUCUACAGAUUAGAAAGCCAGAAGUUCCUUGCAGAAAACAGUGCAUCUGUGUACAUUAAGAAAGUAGAAGCUCGGAUAAAUGAAGAAGCAGAGAGAGCUAAACAUUAUCUAGAUGUAUCAACAGAACCACGGAUUGUAGAGGUUGUCGAAGAAGAACUAAUAAAGAAACAUAUGAAAACGAUUGUGGAGAUGGAGAACUCUGGUGUUGUCCACAUGCUGAAAAAUCAGAAGACUGAAGACCUAGCAUGUAUGUACAAGCUAUUUAGUAGAGUAGCAGAAGGUCUUAAAACAAUGGCUGAUUGUGUAAGUCAGUACCUGAGAGAGCAGGGCAAAGCUCUUGUUCAAGAAGAAGAGGGAGUAACAAAUGCUCGUACUACAUCCGGUUCGCCCUCUAUUGACAUAGUCUGGAAAUUUUCUGAUCGCACCUCGUAGAUGGUGCCAACAGACUUUCUGAACAAAGACACGGACAGUACACCGCCCCU